AUGCUUAAGCUGAGUCUUGAGGGUGGCAUGCAUCGUUUUGCUUUGGGGUUGCUGCGGCGGCUGCUGCAGCGGCUGCUGCGGCGAGGGUUUGCUGCUGAGGGUUUAUUGGGGGUUUACGGGCGGCUGCUGUUUACGCAUGCAGACAGCAGCAGCAGCAGCAGCAGCAGCAGCAGCAGCAGCAGCGGAGGAGGAGGAGCAGGAGGAGGAUGCUUAAAGGAUAGAGAUGCUAUGCUGGAAAAUCGGUAUUGGGUGAUUCGUCAGUUGCUGAGUUUAGUGUUUAGGGUCCUGGGUGGUUCGUCAGUUGCUAAGCAACCCCAGCAGUUCUUCUUUGUGUCUUUUGGGGGUGUUUAA